CGCGUCGUCUCACUCAAUCCGAACGUGGCCAUUUGCUCAAUGUCAUCAUGAUCAUCUUCUCGUCGCGCAGUGUACUGCUGUCAGUCUAUUAUCCACAGAUCUUCCUGAUCCUGACGAGUGGCAGCUACCUGGCCCUGUCCUCGGUGGUGGCUCUGGGUGCCAACAUCAUCUGCAACAAGAUUCCCGGGCUGGCGCCUCGCCAGCGGGCCAUCUGCCAGAGCCGCCCGGACGCCAUCAUUGUUGUGGGCGAAGGUGCCCAGAUGGGCAUCAAUGAGUGUCAAUACCAGUUCCGAUAUGGACGCUGGAACUGUUCGGCGCUGGGGGAGAGGACAGUCUUCGGCCAGGAGCUGCGAGUAGGCAGUCGGGAAGCAGCGUUCACCUACGCCAUCACAGCGGCAGGGGUGGCCCACGCUAUCACAGCGGCAUGCAGCCAGGGCAACCUGAGCCAGUGCGGCUGCGACCGCGAGAAGCAGGGGUAUUACAAUCAGGAGGAAGGCUGGAAGUGGGGAGGCUGCUCAGCUGACAUCAAGUACGGAAUCGAGUUCUCUCGCCGCUUCGUGGAUGCCCGCGAGAUUAAAAAGACCCCGCGCCGCCUGAUGAACUUACAUAACAAUGAGGCAGGGAGAAAGGUACUAGAAGAAAGGAUGAAGCUAGAGUGCAAGUGCCACGGCGUCUCAGGCUCCUGCACCACCAAGACCUGUUGGACAACGCUUCCCAAGUUCCGCGAGAUUGGCUACGUACUCAAGGACAAGUACAACGAAGCCGUGCACGUGGAGGUAGUCCGGGCUAGCCGACUCCGCCAGCCCACCCACCUCAAGGUGAAGCAGACUCAGGGCUACCGCAAGCCCAUGGAGACAGACCUCGUCUACAUCGAGAGGUCGCCCAACUACUGCGAGGAGGACGCAGCCACGGGGAGCGUAGGCACCCAGGGACGCCUGUGCAACCGCACCUCGCCACAUACAGACGGCUGCGACCUUAUGUGCUGCGGCCGGGGCUACAAUACACACCAGUACACCAAAGUUUGGCAGUGCAAUUGUAAGUUCCAAUGGUGCUGCUUCGUCAAGUGCAACACGUGCAGUGAGAGGACGGAGGUGUUUACCUGCAAAUAAGGACGUGAGGAACUCAGUGCCAGGAAGUGAGGCGCCAAGGACUAGCUGAAUGAGGAAGACUCAAGCGAGCGAGAUGAAAGUGUGACGCGGAGCAGCGAAAGAUUUUGAAAUAAAGGAAUGGAAUUUACACUAUCAGCUCUUCAUGGCAUCGUUUUGCACAGCAGAAUCUAUCUAAUUUCUUUUCAGAAAGUAAAUGCUAAAUAUCAGUAGGUAAUACCCCAGAACUUUACUGUCACAUAGAGAUUGUGCUCAUGUACUGAUGUAUCCACAGUGAAGUUGGGACUACAGGUAAUGAAUGAGGCCCACGUUGGGAACUGUGCUUUGCACUCUGGGAUUUGUAAUUGUUAAAUUCACAAGAGACUCGUGCAUGGAGAGGAAUCACAGUAACCUGGGAGUUGAUCAAAAUGACAGCAGCUGAUGAGGUUGUGACUGGGAGAGAUUUGUCAAGUCUUUGAUUGAAAACUUUUAAGGGUUUUGUCGUAUUUUCAAAGGGGAGCAAAAGUGAAUCUUGACAUGAAUGACCCCCCCAAAUUGGCUGGGGCUUAUGUUGGAGGUUUUUGUAGAAAUGAAGAACAUUUUGUAAGUAUGGUGCGUUGGGGUGCGCCAAAAUCUGAGUGGAGAACUCUGUUAAACCCUCUGCUGCCAACUGGAAUAUGGUGGAGUAUGUUAGUUUUCCAGUCACACUGGAACUGUCUGUUCUGAACACUGAAAAUAAAUUGUUUAUUUAUGUUAUAGUAUCUUAAAACGAAGCACUAACGGGUAGAGAUGUCUUUUUUGUACUAAGUGUAAAGAAAAUUACUUUUUAGAAACUCUGACUGAAGAUGUGUGUCUAUUAGAAAAUGACCCCCCCAAUCCCUAAAACGCCUCCUUUUCUUAAAAAGAAAAAAAGGUUUCAUUGCUACUGGUGUGUUGACGACAAAUAACAUCAUUACAGUGUGUUUCACAUUCAGACACCUUGGUUCUAUUUUACUGUAGCAUAGUUUGUUUGCAGUCAUUUUCCCCGAAGCAGUAACAUCUAUUUGGAUGCUUUUGCAAUUUCAGUUAAUAGACAGUAGCAAGAAAGACCAUUUAACUGCAGAGAUCCUUCCUCAACUCAUUAAACAUGAAACUGAUACAUUGCUGGAUGUGUUGUCGAGUGCUGCACUGAUAUUUUCUAUUCAGAUACGACUCAUGAGAACUAAAUAAACUCCCAUUUGACUCAGUUU